GAAGCGCACGUGUUUUAUUUUAGUUUUUGCCAAGAAGUUUUUACGAAUUUUGUGUGGAGAAUAUGAAUGGAUUUCUAAACCAUGAUGCGGCAAUGUCCUGUGAGGACUCCACAUCGAAUGGCGUACAGCAAGAAGAUGAACGUUUGCCAAUCUCCAGAGCAAGGAAAGCUCUUGUAAGAGAAGCAAAACAUCAUCAAAGUUUGAUCAUCAUUGGAGAGACAGCCUCAGGGAAGUCGACGCAAUUACCUCAGUAUUUAUACCGAAGUGGUUUUGCUAGGUUAGGAGUUAUUGGCUGUACACAGCCGAGGCGCGUGGCCGCGAUAAGCAUCGCAGAGCGCGUUGCAAGGGAAAUGAAGGAAGAGCUAGGAGGUAAAAUAGGAUAUAGUGUAAGGUUUGAGGACGUUUCCUCUCCCAAUACUAGAAUAAAGUACAUGACUGACGGUAUGCUACUGCGUGAAGCUAUAAGUGAUCCGUUGUUGAAGCGAUAUGGAGUUAUUAUCCUUGAUGAAGCUCAUGAACGCACAGUUCAUACAGACGUCUUAUUUGGCAUUGUUAAAACAGCUCAAAGAAAUAGAAAUGAAUCUGGUGGAAAACCAUUGAAGGUUAUUGUGAUGUCAGCAACACUAGAAGCUGAACCUUUUUCCAAGUUUUUUGGUGGGGCUAAAAUUUUGUACAUCGAAGGUCGGCAGCAUCCAAUCAAAACUUUUUAUGCUGCCGAGCAACAAACAGAUUAUCUUCAUGCAUCACUCACUGCGGCUGUGCAGUUGCACAAUGAACAGCCUCUUGGUGGUCACAUUCUUAUUUUUCUUACUGGUCAAGAGGAAAUUGAGUUACUGGCCAAUCUGCUAAAAGAUUGUUUAAAUGAUUUAAAUGUAGAAAUAUGUCCAUUGUAUGCAGGAUUACCCUCAGCGCUGCAAAUGAAAGCAUUGCAACCAACUCUAGGCAAUGUGCGUAAAAUCGUUCUGGCCACAAAUAUUGCGGAAACCUCUAUAACAAUCCCUGGCGUGAAAUAUGUGAUUGACACUGGCUUUGUAAAAGCGAAAGAGUACAACCCAAACACUGGUCUAGAUAUUCUGAGAGUUCAACCAGUAUCGAUGGCUCAAGCACGGCAAAGACUUGGCAGAGCAGGACGGCAAAGUCCUGGUCAAUGUUACAGGCUGUAUACAGAAGAACAGUUCUACAGUUUACAAAGUUCAACCACACCUGAAAUUCAAAGAUGUAAUUUAGCGAGUGUUGUGCUGCAGCUUAAAGCACUUGGUAUAAAAGAUGUUGGACACUUUGAGUUUUUGGAUUCUCCCUUAUCAAAAGCCAUUGAAAAUGCAGUUGACCAACUGACUCUGUUGGGGGCACUGGGCGAGGAUGGAGGUGAGCUUACUGGGCUUGGACGAAAUAUGGCGCGAUUUCCGUUAGAACCUCGUUUUUCGAAGACCCUCUUAAUGUCACGAGAUUUUAACUGCAGUGAAGAUGUGCUGACGAUCAUAGCACUGUUGUCUGUUGACACAAUUUUCUAUACUCCUCCCAACCGGAGAGAUUCUUGCAACGCUGUGCUGCAGAAGUAUCGUUCAGCUGAGGGUGAUCACAUCAUGUUGCUAAAUAUCUACCGCGCUUUCAAAGCUGUGAGAGGAAACAAAGAAUGGUGCGAAAAUAAUUUCAUCAACAGCAAGGCCAUGAAGACAGUUCUAGACAUCAGAACUCAGCUCCGAGAGAUUUGUACAAAACUGGAAAUACCUUUACAGUCUUGUGGGAAAGAUACAAGUAAGAUACGAGAGUGUCUAACUACGGGAUUUUUUGUGAAUGCAGCUGAAUUACAGUUGGAUGGAAGCUACAAAUGUUUUGGACAAAAGAUGACCGCCAGUAUUCAUCCAUCGUCCUCUUUAUUCAAAGCUAAACCAGCCUAUGUCGUGUUCACAGAACUCGUUCAUACAUCCAAGUGUUACAUGAGGCAUGUGGCUGUCGUGGAUCCACAAUGGCUUGUCUCAAUCGCGCCAGCGCACUUCAGAAAAUUAGACUUUCAUGGAAAUCAGUUUCGUUCCGUGACGUCAUGAUGACACGUAGGGGAAGCUGAGGUAAACAGCGUCCGUGGGAAGUGUAUAAUUAUGAUCAUAUGAUCAUCACAUGGAGUUUAAAACGUAAUAUUCUCCAAAAGGAAAAUGAUUAUAUACUGUGAUAAAUAUUUCAAGAACUACCUUACCAGGUGAUCUAGAAUAUCGGGAGCUGACUAUUUGUGAAAUAAAAAUCCAUUUCUCAGUGGAAACAACUUAAUAUCUCUUGAAAUAUAUUUUCUUCCGGUUUCAAAUUUAUGCCAGAUCUAUGGUUCUUUAACUAAAUAUUACCACAAAAUUUUGUCGACAAGUUUCAUAAAGAAAACAAAAGAUAUCGCGAUGAUCAAAUACUGGAGAGUGGAUUUCUAUUUCCAUAAACUUUCUGGGGCUGGUUGUAUAAAACUCUUUAACUACAUUUUGCAUAGUUGAAUCCUAGUUAACUCAGAAAUAUACGACUCUGAUUGGCCAAUUCUGUCCUUAACUACAGUUAAAAGUUAACUAGUCUUUUAUACAACUGGCCCCUGAGCCUGAGCAUUGAUUGGCUAAAUUAUAAGCGCAAGAUUACCUGGUGGAGAAACUGCGAUGCCAAAAACACGUUUCCUUUUCACUGAUCUUCAGGUCGGUUGAUAUGUUCCUCUUUCUUGAGUAGUCACGCACAUAUCACCGUAGUUUGAAAAGUAAGAAUGCCUAACGGUCUUCAUACUUAGACAAGCACUAGACCGUAGAAUUUGAUAUUUGUCUUGCUGCCGACAUGAGAAUUCAACUCGAAAGGAGUUCUCCAAAAGUUUCAAUAACCGUGGGAAAAAUUUACGAAAUUAUUUCCAAAUACAGAAGGAAUGUUAGUGAGUUUUAGAAGUCCCUAGACACAAAGCAAUAUAUGGGCAUCUAAGGAAUUUGUGUCCAGGUUAACAUUAAGUGUUCAACUAUUCUUGUUGAAAGAGGAAUACCUCCUGUAAAUUACUUAAUAUCACUGCAAAGUUGUUGCAUACUGAAUUCUUCCAAUAUUGCAACUAUCAGAGGGUGGAUCGUUACGAGAAGGAAGGGGAGGCUCUAAGACACCUUGCCUAGGGGGGAAUAAUUCACGUUUAUCCAAAUAUAGAAUUGGGAGGUAUAUUUUGUUCCUAUAUCAUGAUGAUUUUCCUGAAGAUAAUAACAAGAUUAAGAAGAUUAACAAGAAGAUUAAUAUCAUUCAUUUUCUCCUAAAUUGACGUGGGUACAGAGUUUGGUUUUGUGGGGGCCUCCUGUUGUACCCAGACCCUCAGAGUAUAAUCUUCAAGAACGCUAUCUCGUCUAUCUUACUAUCUCUCCUCACUGUUUUACCCCCCU